CAGGCAUGUGCUGUAUAUGAUGGAUCCAGUCACAUAUAUCCUCUGCAUUGCUACCUUUGUUUUCCUGGCUAUUGUUUUAUAUAGACAGAAGAAAAAUGUUCAUCCAAACUAUCCCCCAGGACCUCCUUCUUUUCCGAUCAUUGGAAAUAUGCACCUCAUAAGCAUGGAGAAACCUUACGUGACGUUUCAAGAGCUUGCCGAGAAAUACGGCUCAGUGUACAGCCUACAGAUAGGACCACAAAAGAUUGUUGUUCUCAAUGGCCACGAGACAGUGAAAGAGGCUCUAGUCAACUACGCUGAAGAGUUCGCCGGGAGACCCCCUGUGCCAGUUUUUGUAGACAUUUCCAAGGAACAUGGCCUUAUAUUUGCGAAUGGUAAUAACUGGAAAGUCAUGAAACGAUUCACUCUGUCUACUUUGCGAGAUUUGGGGAUGGGGAAGAGAACAAUAGAAGAUAAGAUCAUGGAAGAGUGCCAGUGUUUGGUCAAAAUCUUUACAGCCUACAAAGGAGCACCUUUCGAAAACACCAGGAUCCUGAAUGCUGCUGUGGCCAACAUCAUUGUAUCUAUCUUAAUGGGCCAUCGCUUUGAGUACGAUGAUCCAAAACUUCAAAGCCUUUUGAAAAUCAUCUGUGACAAUAUCAGAAUCUUCGGAAGCCCAAUGGUUUUCCUGUACAAUGCAUUUCCAUCUCUGGUCCGAUGGCUACCUGGAAGUCAUAGAAAAAUCAUGCCGAAUUUGAAGGAGUUGCACGCCUUUAUCAGAGAAACCUUCACCAGCCAGAGGAAUCAGCUGGAUGUCAAUGACCAGAGAACUGUCGUCGAUGCCUUCCUUGUCAAACAAAAGGAGGAAAAGCCAAAUCCAGAGAUAUUUUUCAGCGACGCAAAUUUGACAUCUCUUAUUACGGACUUGUUCGCUGCUGGGAUGGAUACGACUUCCUCCACCCUCCAAUGGAGUCUUCUGCUAAUGAUGAAGUACCCAGAAAUCCAGAAAAACAUUCAGAAUGAAAUUGAAAAAGUAAUUGGCUUGGGGGAACCUCAGGUGAUGCAUAGGAAACUGAUGCCGUAUACUGAUGCCGUCAUCCAUGAAAUCCAAAGGUUUGGCAACGUUGUGCCAACCAACCUUCCACAUGCCACUACCAAAGAUGUGACUUUCAAAGGGUUCUUUAUACCCAAAGGAACGCACGUAAUUCCAUUACUCUAUUCUGUCCUACGAGACAAAGAGCACUUUGAGAGGCCGGAAGAGUUUUACCCUCAGCACUUUCUGGACUCGGAGGGAAAUUUUGCUAAGAACGAAGCUUUUAUACCAUUUUCUGCAGGUAAGAGAAGUUGUGCUGGAGAGACUUUGGCUAAAAUGGAACUGUUCCUCUUCUUUACCACACUGCUGCAAAGUUUCACCUUUCAGGCUCCACCCGGAGCUAGCCUGGACCUCAACCCUGCUGUUGGCUUGGUAACUCCUCCAUUGAAGCAUGAGAUGUGUGCAAUUCCUCGCAAAUGAAGUGAACUGGCAGUAAAUAGAAGAUA